CUAGUAAUUUCGUGGUUACACUACACGUUAUUUGGUUGUUUUUCUAAUAAGAUAAUACCAUCGGAUCACAAUAUUCACCGGCGUAAUUUUGUCCGCAAUGGUGAUGUACCAACCACAACGUCAUUUGAUUUAUUAUUGACAACAUUGAGCUUUUCGGCCAAACCUCAUUAGUGUUCAAAUAAAAAAAAAAAAAACCCUGGUGUUCAACAAUUUGUGUAUUCCUUUUAUCCAGCCAUGGAUUUUUACGCUUUAGUUUUCUUCGUCGUAGUUUUUUACAUAGCCCUUCUAUUUUUUGAUGUCUUGUUCAAGGUGAUCAAUCGCAUGUCUUACUGCUUGGUUUGCUGGAUAAUCAAUUAAUCAGUUGUUUUUUUUUUCGCAGUCUUGUUCGCAUUAUCCAUAUUUGGCGUUUAUGAAAAUGACAGGAUUGAGUGUUGGACCAUUUCAGCUACGAUGGUACACAACUUCAUUGAACCGUCUAAUAUUGAAAAUGUCAUUUUGGCAUCCCAGAAUUCAAUCAGAUUGGUUCACUUUUGGAUCUUGGAUAACUAUAUGUCUAAUUGUACCAUCCAUGUGUAUGGUCAUUGUAUCUUCUGCCCAACUAUUCAAACUUAUAUUCACUGAGGCUACAUCCAAUGGUCAAUCAGCAAAUCAACCAGAUACAUUUCUUGAACCUAUCGUAAGUAUAUUCAUAUACAAUUCACACAUUAUAGAAUAAAAUUGGUUGCAUGGUUGUUUUAUUUUUUUUAAGGUGCCUGGCAUAAACUUACCAAUGGCAGAUUUCAGUUAUUAUAUAUUAGCACUUAUGUUCUCAACUGUUUUUCAUGAACUAGGUCAUGCAUUAGCUGCUAUCAGGUGUAGUAUUUUUUUUUUUAAAUAUAAAUUUCCUUUAAUAUGUUUGUUCAAUUUCUAUAGGGAAGACAUGCAUAUUGAUGGGGUUGGUUUGAUGUUAAUUUUAAUAUUACCUGUGGCUUAUGUUCAUUUGGAAGACAUUACCUCAUUGCCAAGCAGCAAACAGCUUCGCAUUAUGUCAGCUGGUGUGUGGCAUAAUAUAGUUCAAGCUUUUAUUGCAUAUCUUGUUUUAUGGCUCUUGCCUUAUACAUUAUUUCCGUUUUUUACUAUUGGACAUGGUGUAAUGACCACACAAAUAAACCCGGUAAUUGAUGUUUACUAUGUAGUAUUUUAGUUUUUUUUUAGUUUUGAUGUAUUGUAAUCGGAAUUUGAACAAAAAAUGUCUCAGUUAUUCUACUUUAAAUACUAAAGAGAAGCCAUGUGUAACUAAGUACAUGAUUUCUAUGAAACAGUCAGUUAAAAAGGCUAUUAUCAUAAGUAUUUAAAGUAGAAUAACUCAGAAACUUUUUGUUAAAAUUUUGAUUAUACUACGUCAAUAUUUUCAGAAAAGUUAUCUGGUUGCCAAUUUCUCUUAAAUCAUGUAGGUUCUCUUUUAAAAAACCAAAGUUGGCAAAAACAUUAUGUUGCACAACACUUAAAAAUUCAAAAAUCAGAAUUUGAAGUUGUGCAUAAUUUAACCAUUAAAAUGGGGUGAGCAUGCUUGAAAAAUCACUCCGUAUAUUAAAAGUUGCUGGUGUAAAUUUUUGAAUGGAAUAUUGUGAUGGUGUUAAAAUUAAAUUCAAUUUUUGCAACUUAUUAAAUCAGUUCUUUUUUUUAAUUUGUAUACUGUUUAGAAUCGAUGAAAUAGUAAAAUGUGUACAAUGCGAUUAUUUUUAAUUUAGAGAUCAGGUAUUAAUGACCAAGGAGGACUAGUAACUGGUGAUGUAAUUACAAAGUUGGGAAAUUGUGAUGUACGGGAUUUCGGAUCAUGGAUAGCUUGUUUAAACCACACAAUGGCUAGAAUAGAUUCUGGAUUUUGCUUAUCACCCGAAUUUGUUCAACAUCACGACGAAACAAAACCAGGUAAAAAGCGUUGCCUAGAAAAUUAAGAUAAAUUACUAAAAAAUUUUUAUUUUUAGUACAUUAUGUAGAUGAUUACAUCAUAAAUUGCUGUGAUCCAAAUUCAAAGACAAAUUUAUGUUUUGAAUACAUUGAAUCAUUGUCUAAUCCUCAAGAACUACCAAGUCAUUCUUGUUUAAAUGUUAGAAAAGUUAUAGAAAGAUCAACGUCAUUUUGCGAUGCAGACAACCAGUGUGUGUCAGCUCACUGCUAUUAUCCUGCUAUCCAUAAAAAUCACAAGCUUGUAGUUAUUAAACGCAAAAAGAAAAAUGAAGUCCUAUUUCUUGGACGGCCUAUAGAAUUACAAUACUUAUCUGUUACACAAUAUAUACCUAAGACUGAGUAUCUAUCUUCUAAUAUACCAGACUCUAUUGAAAAAUUUUGUAAAUACUUAAUAAUGUUUGCAGGGGGUUUAGCGAUUAUAAAUGUAAUACCAUGUUUUUAUUUUGAUGGGGAAAAAAUAUCUAGAGUGUUGGUAAACACCAUGUUAAAGGACCACGUUGAACAUUUAAGUGUUCGUUUGGCAAUUUCCAUUUGCCUGACAAUCUUCGGAUCCUCAAUGUUAAUUAUUUAUACAAUUUUAAGUUUUUGGUCUAUUCUGAGGGUUAUAAAUUAAAAAUAUACUAUUUACUUAACAAUAUAAAUAGUUCCUAUUUUUGUCUUAAAGUGGUAAUUGGGCAACAUUAUGAUUUGUGUCAAAUUCCAAUUAAUUUUUAUUAUUUUCUAUAAUUUAUUGUGUUAAUACAGGUGAUAUUUGAACAGAUGUUACAAGUAUAAUGUUCGCAUAUACACACUGUGAUUUUGUAUUAUUAUUACUAUUAUUAUUUAAAUAAUGAUUUUGCUUAAAAUUAGUUAUUUUUAGAAAAGGAUACCAGAAACAACUUUAUAGUACCUAAUUUAAUUAUAUUUUACUUAUUAAUUUUAUAAUAACUUAUUAUACCAUGACUAUGUUAAUUUAAUGACUGAACAAAAUGUAUUUAUUAUUUUAGAAUAUGCAGUAAAUCAUAGUAGUCUUGUAUAUUUUUAUGAUCUGGGAAUUGUCUAAUUUUCAUUGUAAUUUAGUGAACAUAAAGUUAACCACGAUUUUAACAAUUAAUACUGUUUAGAUACCAAUCAUAUCAGUAUAAUACAUCAAUAUAUUAGUUAAGUAGCCCUAGUCUUAUAGUUAUUUAUUGAUUGAUGUAAAGUGUAUAUAAUUAUUUUAAAUAAAACAGAUAUUUAUGUAUAAUAAUAUUAUUUUUAGUGUGGAC